AUGGGCCAGAUACUUUCAAGUUUAAACAUUCGAAGUGGCGAUACGAUGGUUCCUGAUCUAGGCUUUGAUAUAGAAAAUGCGAAACCGUCGCCAGAAGAAGCGGACUUGUACGACCAACUUGCAGCAUUCUUGGUUCAACCCGCCCCAGCCUUACUCGGAUCACUGAAAAACUAUCGAUCUGCGUCCGAUUUAAUACGAGAUGCAAUCGCUUCUCCCACACCAGAGAACGAAGACAAGGCCUGGGAUGGCGUGUUGCCUACUGUCGACAUGCUACGCGACUUUUACGAGUAUGCCUCUGAGUUGGAGGAGAAUCUGCCACGGUUAUUAAGCGUGCUGUGUCAAGGAGAUGUCAACAAAAACCUCGAAAAACAUCAGGGAUUAACAAAACUGUUUGCCGAUAUACUGGAUUUUGUCUUUGAGUUCGACUAUUGGAAGAUGCGCAAUCCGACACUGCAGAAUGACUUUUCGUACUAUCGACGCAUGCUGCAACGAGGUCGAUACGGACGGGGAAGCGACGAAUCUGUAUCGGAUCUACGAAGCGCCAUGCUAGAAGAUGACCAAGCAAACCGGAUAUCACUAUUCAUUGCCUAUCCAACGCCCAUGCUGAAACGCGUGAUCGACACAACCACUGACUUUGUCACGAAAAACCGACUACAGAAAAGCGUCAGUGAUUGUCUGGCAGCAUUGUGGUCAACGUGCUACCACACCGUCAACAAGAAGGGUGCAAAGUCGCAGCAGCAGCAACAACAGCAGCAAGUGUCCACGUUUUUCCUCAAGGUCAUGGUGGUAUCCAUCAUCUUGUAUGACCACAUCGACUCACAUGGUGCCUUUGCCAAAAACUCACCUAUCAAUAUCAAACAUUCUGUAAAAAUAAUCCAAAGCAAUGUGCAAGUCCCGUCAGCAGAUAAGUCAAGCACGUCCAAUCUGAUGUCGGCUCUGCGGUAUAACUCAAAACAUCUCAACGACGAUUCAACACCUAAAAACAUCAAGAACGUCAUGGCCGCAUAG